AUGUCUGCAAAAGUAGAACAAGACUCAGAUUUUCAAUUACUUGCAGUUUCUGAGUCUUCAACAAAUCUCAAAGCACGAAGUCGAUCUUCAACAUCUGUAACAACUAGUCCAUCGUCGACGUCUUCGUAUUCUCCUCCUUUACCAACAUUCACUGCUCCACUUUCACCUUUGGCAAAACGACAACGGGAUUUUAGUGAAGUUUCAUCUCGUCAAAAACGACGACGUUUAUGUGAUUUAAAUUCUGAAUUAGAUGAAUUUGUGUUAGCAAACAAUUUAACAAUUAAUCAAGUUAUAGGAUAUCUUCUAUACCAACGAAAUUACAACAGUAACAAAUAUUUAGCUAAUUUAGGCCAUCAACUUUAUGAAGAUAAAUGUAUUCAAAAUCCAAGUUUACAAAAUCUUGAUUUAGAUGAAGCAUUAGCAUUGAAAUAUCAUUUAAAUAUAAGUCGUACAGAUAUGGAUUUCGUAAAAUGGUUUUCAAAUGAUUAUAUUAAUGUUCCAAAUCGACAAUAUAUUAAAAAUCAUACUGAUGAUUUAAUACCAUAUCUCACAAGUUGUCGUAAUGGUAAAGGUAUUUAUGCGAAAGAUCGUCGACAAUCAAUACAAUUGACGAUUCAACGCUUGAUUGAUGUUCUUCAUUCAAAACAUAUUAAUUUACCAAACCAUCUAUCAUAUCGUGAAAAGACAGGUCACGAUGGCGCUGGUUCAAUGUCGAUAUAUCGAUCAACUGAAAAUCCAAUGAGUGAUCCGAAUAUUUUCUGUAAAAUGUUCGUACCAUUAGCAUUGAAAGAUGAAAAAUCAAAUGAAAUUUUAUGGCAAAAUGAAUCAUCAAAUAGUGCCUUUUAUACUCGACCAUUGUUAUUAGUUGCUGAAAAAGAAAAUCAUGAAUUGUUUCUAUUCAUAAACGAAACAUAUGAACAUCAAGAGAAAAGUUUAGAACAAAAUGGUUUAAUAUUUCAAUACAAAAACGAAACAUACAACGUCAAAAUUAAAAUAGAAGCCAGCAUGAAGGACAUGAAAGUUCGAAUGGCUGAAUCAGGUUUAGGAGGUGCAUAA